UCCGAAGGGGUUGUGAUUGCAACAGAUGAGACAAUGCGUGAAUAUAAACAAGAUGAUACGAAGGAUUCUAAAAUUGUGAAACAAAACAGUGAGGAUCAAAUUAUAGCGGGGGAAGUAUCGGACACAAUGGAAAAUAAUUCCUCAAUCUUGUCGCCAACAAAAGAUGUUUCAAACAAUGCUGACGAGCUUUUGUUUGAGGGAGAGUUUAUUGAAACAGCAGCGGAGAUUGAUGUUAAGACACAACGCUGCUUGUCACGAUUCAGCAACAUGGGGCCUUCUCAUAGUGACUACAUCGCCGCAAAUAACAUUGUUGCCACAACACCAAUAAUAGUUGAAGCAUAUCCUGUUCUUGACGAUCACAAACAACUUUUACAAAGAGUUUCGGAAACGAAGACUGUCGUUCAUCCUCGCAGGGCCAAAACUGCAUUUGAAAAACAUAAACCAAAUAAAUUAAAAUCAAAAACAAAAGCGAAUGAAACCAAUAAACGAAAAGUUACUCGUGCAAAAUCUGCUGGACUUUCUGUUGAGAAAAGAAACAAAAAUCAAAAAAAUGAAAAUUUAAAAACUUCAUAUGAUUUUGAAAAUUUUGAUUCAACCAAACAAGCUUUGAUAUCUGGGCAGACAUGGCAUGUUGUGGUUGACAAGAAUGAAACUGGAGAUCAUAUUAUUGUGAAUGGAGACAAUGGAAUAGAUGCACGUGAUGAAUCACCAUUGUUGCACAACAAUGGGGCAAUCCACGAGCGUAAAUUAAGUCCGAUCCCAGAAACUUCUUUGUCUUCAAUGGAUAAAGAUAAACUCCUGAUGAUGCAAGAAAAUAUUCAGAAGUUAAACAACGACAACAAUAAUAAUAACAUUGCUACAUGUAACAAUGAUUAUGUUGAUGUAAUAAUUGAUGAUAAUGAGGCAGCUAUGACAUCACAAAGGGCAGAUAGUGUGAUGUCAAAUAUAAUUCUCGCUAACCCAGUCACAACCCCUAUGUCUUCAGCUGGAACACCAGUGUUGUCCAAGACCGGCGACGCUUGGUGUAACUGCAAUGCUGAAGUAUUGGGGAAAAGUGAGAAUGUGUUUACAUUUGGAAACACUGAAAAUAGUGUUUUUGUGCAUGGAAACACUGAAAAUAAUGAGCUUUUAAAUAAUGACGCUGAAUAUAAAGAGUUUUUAAAUGGAACCACUGGAAAUGAUCAGUUUUUAAAUGGAACCACUGGGAACAAAAAUGUGAAUGGCAACACUGGGUUUCAAUUUCAUCCAGAUGAGAAUGCAGGAAAAGAUGAAUCGGAAGAUCAGAUCUUUCGGAGUCUGGAUGCGAGCCAGGAGAUCCAGGAAGAUCAAGAUGAGUUCUUCGUUGAGUUGAGCAAUUGUUACGAUGGGGAUGAUGAGACAGAGGUGGGAAGUGAUGUUGGAAGCGAUGGUGGGAGCAGUGAAGAGUCUUUUGAUGAGUUGGAGGACUUUAAGAGGAAAAUGCUUGCUCCAAGGUCGGAGCUGGAUGCUCACAUCCUCCAUAGAGCAUCAGAAGACGAGGAAAGUGAUGAAGAAGAUUGUGAGGGCGGUGGUGGGCUGGUCCUCCAGGGUGAAGGGAGUCUUGUGGAUCUGGGGGGUCCUGGAGAAAGGCAAGAGGGAAUGAAGAUUGUUCCAAAAUACGAUGUUUUAUUUGAUAAUAAUGCAGAAGAUGUUGGAGGAAAUGAGUGUUCGGGGAAUGUUGCGAAAUAUAAUGUUUUGUUCGAGGAGAAAAAUUUAGAAGUUGGAAAUAUUGAGAUGUGUCCGGAGGAUGGGGGUGGGAAUAAAGAUGAGGAUGAAGAAGAGGCCUUAGAUUGCUCCCAGGAGAGUCCAGGAGCAUCAGAUGAUAAUGGGGAUCUAAGUGAUGACGACACAAUAUGUGAUGAAGAUCAAGGGAUGAGGAAGGACCAUCUUCAUUUAUUGAGAAGAUCGGAAUCGCCGGGCGUCUCUCAGGAUGAAUCGGAGGAUGCGAUGAUGGAUUACAUGAGGAAGACACUGAAGGAGGAGGAGCUGGGGACCGAGUCGGAUGCGAGUGCGGGGGUCAGUGAUCACGCAGAAAAUCUCCAUGUUAGCCACAAAUUCAAUGUAUUAACGGUAUCUGCGUUGGAGAGACACAACAGUGAGGUGGACUUUCUUACAAUUCGACAACAACAUGAGAUUAGGAGUUUAUUAGAAUCUCGAGACUCCCAGCGAACCGACCACAGUGAACAAAGUUACUUAACCAACACCUCCUCGCUGUCUGUUGCCGAUCUUAACACUGAGAAGUGCAUGGGGUGGAAGAGAGGGAAGCCUAUCGGGCAAGGAGCAUUUGGAAAGGUAUGGGAGGGAAUGACAAACGGGGGGCAACUUAUUGCCGUCAAACAAGUUGAACUGUCUCCCUCCGAUCGAGAAAAAGCGAAAAAAGAAUUUGAGAAUUUGCAGCGAGAGGUUGAGAUACUGAAGGAUAUGAAACAUACGAAUAUUGUUAGUUUCAUCGGUACUUGCUUGGAGGGAAACGUCGUGAACAUUUUCAUGGAGUAUUUAACUGGUGGAACAAUAGCUUCGGUGUUGAAGGACUUUGGGAACCUGGACGAGGGCGUGUUUCGGAGAUAUACAAAACAAAUACUGGAAGGAGUUUGCUACCUUCACAAGCAUAAUGUGGUGCACAGAGACAUAAACGGGAACAACGUGAUGCUUCUACCCUGUGGAACUAUUAAGUUAAUUGACUUCGGUUGCGCGAAAAAGAUCCAUGAGAUCAACAACAGUUCAUCGGGGCGUAACAGUGCCUCUAGUGGUAGAGAGCGACAGUUCAAGUCGGUGGUUGGGACCCCAUAUUGGAUGGCACCCGAGGUCAUUAACGGGAAGGCUAAGUACGGACCAAAGUCCGAUGUUUGGAGCUUGGGAUGCACGGUGAUAGAGAUGGCCACAGCGAAGCCCCCGCUGCAUGAGUUGGGAAUAUACGGGGCUAUGUACCACAUCGGGGAAGGUAGACCGAUGCCUGUAUUAUCGAACAACUUCACUAAACAUGCGAGGUCCUUUGUUAUUCAAUGCUUAAGAAUCGAUCCAUCGUCACGGCCGACUGCAGACGAAUUGUUACAACAUAAGUUUAUGCGACAUAGAAGGUUCGUAAGGAAGUCAUUGGAAUAAUGGGCAAUCCAGUAAUGAAUCUUACUUGGGUUCAACACACAUCAAACCCAAAAUUGUGGGGACGAAACCGAUCUUGUUUUACGUGUUUGUGCCUUUAAGUUUAAUUGAUGGACAAUCCUAUUACGACUUGCGAACUCUAUUUUAUCCCUUUUUUUAAAAAUUCAAUAAAAAAAAUUCAAAAUUAAUAAAAAAAAUAAUUUAUAUUUCCAAUUUUUACCAAUCUGUGCCUUGCAAAUGGGUGAUAAUUAUAUUGUAAAUCCAAAAAUAUUGUAAAUAAUAAUAUUAAUACUUUUGCAUUUACUUACUUACUCAUUUAAUCAGUUUU